AAAAGAUCGAAAUGAGAAAAUCUUUGUUUAGUUUUUGAGAAAUUUUCUUUAACUGCAUAAAAUUUACAUUUUAGAAACUUUGAGAAAUUUCGGUAAAUAUAUGCAAGGUGUUUGGUGUUCGAAGUUAAAAGAGCUUGAAGAAAAUUAAGAAGAGCAACAAGUGAAUGAGCACAAUACUGGGUACAAAAGAAGAAAAACAAAUUAUUUAGAAGCAAUAAUUUCUUAUGUUCAAACGACGAAAAUUGAAAAGCUUCGGGGUCAAGGUCAUAAGCUUUGAUUCAGAGCUGGAAUUCUUCCUGGAUGGAAGGGCGACCGGUAGUUACUUAUUUGACCUUGUAUGUCGAACAAUUGGUUUACGUGAGACGUGGUACUUCGGCCUGCAAUUUGAAGAUUGCAAAGGGAACCUGAAUUGGCUGAAAAUGGACAAAAAAGUUGUCGAUCAAGUUGUGGACUUGACAAAACCAAUAUCGUUUAUGUUUUUCGCCAAAUUCUAUCCAGAAAAUGUGUCAGAGGAGUUAAUUCAAGAAAUCACUCAACAUUUAUUUUACUUACAAAUUAAGCAAGCUAUUUUGUCAAUGGAUAUUUAUUGUCCACCUGAGGCAUCCGUGCUUUUAGCUUCUUAUUCUGUUCAAGCCAAGUAUGGAGACUACGAUGAAACUACAUGUCUUCCAUCUAUGUUAGCAAGUGAAGAUUUAUUGCCUCAGCGAGUGAUUGAUCAGUACCAAAUGACGCCGCAAAUGUGGUCAGAAAGAAUUAAAACGUGGUAUGCUGAUCAUAAGGGAAUGUCAAGAGACGAAUCAGAAAUGGAAUAUCUUAAAAUAGCCCAAGAUCUUGAUAUGUAUGGUGUAAACUACUUUUUGAUUACCAAUAAAAAAAAUACUGAGUUGUGGCUUGGUGUAACGGCUCUCGGAUUAAAUAUUUAUAACAAGGAAAAUAAAUUAUUGCCAUGUACAACUUUUCAAUGGAGCGAAAUCAGACAUAUUAGUUUUGAUGACAAAAAAUUCAUCAUAAAACCAGUUGAUAGCAAAGCACCUAAUGUAAUAUUUUAUUCACAAAAGUUAAAAGUAAAUAAACUUAUAUUGGAUCUCUGUGUUGGAAACCAUGAUUUGUUCAUGAAGAGAAGAAAACCUGAUACCAUGGAAAUUCAACAGAUGAAACAACAAGCUAAAGAAGAAAAACAGAGAAGACAAAUUGAAAGAAAUAAAUUGCUAAAAGAAAAGCAAUUAAGAGAAGCAGCAGAAAAAGAGCGGGCUCUUAUCGAAGAAAAAAUGACAAAACUCCAAGAAGACAUGAUUGCAGCCAAAGAAGCACUCAGACGCUCCGAAGAAACAGCGGAGCUCUUGGCUGAAAAAAAUAGAUUAGCUGAAGAAGAAGCCAUUUUACUCUCACAUAAAGCAAACGAAGUAGAACAAGAAAUAAGUAUUAUUAGAAUGACAGCACGCAAAACAGAGGAAGAAAAAAAUCAUUUAGAAAAAAGAACAAAAGAAGCUGAAGUUUUAACGAAUCAUUUAUUUGAAGAGUCGAAAAGAAAAGCUGCUGAAGCAGAGUGCCUUAAAAAUGAGUUGAUAUUAGCAAGAGUUUCGGAAAAAGAAGCAAAAGAAAGGUUGCUGACUUUUCUAAGUCAAUCUUCAAAUGCAAUAUCGCUUAGAGACUCACAUUUGGAUAUAGGACAUAACGAAAGUGAAAUAUUGAAUUCAAAUGACAUUAAUCAACUUUCUCUUGAAAUAGAAAAAGAAAGGAUUGAAUAUCUAAGUAAAGCAAGACACGUGCAAAGUCAGCUACAAGAUUUAAGAUCUGAAAUGGAACUUUUAAAAAUAAUGGAAAAUCAAUGUACAUUUGAUGACAUAGCAGCAGAGCAAGUUAAGCUUGGAGAAAACAAGUAUUCAACGCUAAAAAAAUCUGGAAGUGGAUCAACGAAAGCACGUGUUGCAUUCUUUGAAGAUCUUUGACACAGGACCAAAUAUUCACUAAAAUACAUAAUGCAACUACUUUUUUAACUGAAAAUGUUUUAAUUCAACCCUUUCAAUACAGAAGCUCUUUCCAUAUAUGUAUUUAUGAACCAAUGGAAAAACUAC